GAGUUGGGGAAGUGAAUUUGACACGUAAAACCCUCAGUCCGCCGAUUUCUGGGUUUGGAGGAGCGUAGACUCUGGGCUUCUGAUUUCAGUCGGCACAUAAUUUUGGAGACAGGAGGCUGCACCAGGAAACCAGUAGGCUAAACAACCCCUCGGCGUUAUGAUUCGCAACGUCGUGCUGGUUUUGGGGUGGAAAUGAGUGAAGUAAUUCGGUUCUGGUAAAAAGUUGGGGCUUCAAUAGCAGUAACCGUUUGGAACACUGUGCCCGGAGGAAUCGGUAGCCCCCGCGCCCGCGCCAUGGCCGCUCAGUGCGACACUUUGAGUGGAUACUUGCAGCACUCGGAUCCGGGUUCCAACAGCGAGCGGAGUACAGAUUCACCUUUACCCCUUUCUGAGGAUGACUCAAGCGGGCCACUUUCCCCGCCAGACCCGGAGUGGACUGAGGAGAGGUUCCGUGUGGACCGCAAGAAACUUGAGAUCAUGCUUCUAGCUGCCAGUGAAGGGAGGAUCAAUGGAGGAGAAGACUUCUUUCAGAAGGUCAUGGAUGAGACGAAUACCCAGAUCGCCUGGCCAUCCAAGCUGAAGAUAGGAGCCAAGUCCAAAAAAGAUCCCCACAUCAAGGUCUGUGGAAAGCGAGACAACGUGAAGGAGGCCAAAGAGAGAAUCAUGUCGGUCCUCGACACCAAGAGUAACCGGGUGACCCUGAAGAUGGACGUGUCCCACACGGAGCACUCCCACGUGAUUGGUAAAGGAGGCAACAACAUCAAGAGGGUGAUGGAGGAGACGGGCUGCCACAUCCACUUCCCCGACUCCAACCGCAACAACCAGGCCGAGAAGAGCAACCAGGUGUCCAUAGCUGGCCAGCCGGCUGGAGUGGAAGCAGCGAGGGCCAAAAUUAGGGAGUUGCUUCCCCUGGUGCUCAUGUUUGAGCUGCCUGCGUUGGUGCAGGCUGAUCCCAGCUCUGCGGCGGUGCAGCUCCUCUGCCAGACCUACAGCUUCACCGUCUCCUUCAAGCCCCCCACACGCCUCUUCGGGGCCACCGGGGUCGUACGCGGAUCCCAGAACAACGCCUCUGCUGUGCAGAGGGGCGUGUCCCUGCUCCUGGACCACCUGGCGGGCUCGCUGGCGAGCGCGGUGCCGGUGAGCACGCAGCUGGACGUGGCGGCACAGCACCACCUCUUCAUGCUGGGCCGCAACGGCAGCAACGUCAAGCACAUCAGCCAGCGUACCGGCGCCCAGAUCCACUUCCCCGACCCCAGCACGCCGCACGCACACCGCAAGUCCACCGUCUACAUCCAGGGCUCCGUCGACGCCGUCUGCCUCGCGCGACAACACCUCAUGGGUUGUCUGCCGCUGGUGUUGAUCUUCGACGUGAGGGAGGAGGUGGAGCCUCAGUGUGUCAGCGCCCUGAUGGAGCAGCUGGACGUAUUCAUCAGCAUCAAGCCCAAACCCAGACAACCCAGCAAGUCGGUGAUUGUGAAGAGUGUGGAGCGCAACGCCAGGAACAUGUACGAGGCCCGCAAGAUCCUGCUGGGGCUGGAGAGCGGUGACAUCAUAUCCUGUUCCUCCUUCUCCUCCGCCGCCACCAACAUCAACGCCACCACUACCAACGGCCACUCGCACUCUCACCAUCACUCCAACUCUCACCCCCACCCCCACCAACACCCCCACUCGCCUUGCUCCAACGGUCACUCCAAUGGCCACUCCAACGGUCACUCCUCCACCACCUCCUCCUCCUCUUCCUCCUCCUCCUCCUCCUCUUCCUCCCCCGGCUCGGCCCUCCUCUGCCCCGUCGGACUGGACAUCCUCGCCUCAGCUGGCCUGGGGCUGAGCACCCUGGGUCUCCUGAGCUCCGCGGUGGGGCCCUCUCUGAACGGCUCGUCCGGCCCGACUGCGGCCCUGAACGGGUCCAGUGCCGGCGUGGGCUCCCCCUCCCUCUGGACCGGCGCCCUCACCUCCUCCUCCUCCGCCACACAGUGCCUCUCGUCCGCCUUGAUGCUGCAUCCGGCCUCCCAGGCCUCCCUCAGUAGCCUGCUGCUGUCCAGCGUCCAGGCCUACACCCAGAGCACCCCCUCCCCUCCCCCCGGCCUCGCCCCCAUCCACAAGCCCAACGCCGGACCCAACGCCGCAGACUGCCACCUCAACGGCCACGUCAAGCAUCCUGGGUCGGUGUACGGUCGAAGGCCGUCUGCCUCGCUGGCCGACGUGGUCCUGAGCCCCGCCCACUGUGACUCCUCCCCCCAGAACAACACACACAACCCUGCAGAGCCGCUCUCUAGCAAGUCCAGCUCCGAUGAAGGAUCAGACACGUUUGUUGAAGUGGGCAUGCCCAGGAGCCCGUCCCACUCGGCCAAUGGGAAUGACCUGAAGCAGAUGCUGGCUUCCUGUAAGACGUCGUCUGGGAAACGGCAGACAGUGGAACUUCUUCAGGGCACCAAGAACUCCCACCUGCAUUCUGACUGCCUGCUGUCGGACGGCGACUCCAGUUCCUCUGACAGCCCGGUGGCAGACAAGAGGGCCCCGGGCAGCGAGCGGGCAGCGGAGAGGGCGGCCCAGCAGAACUGCGAGCUGAUACGCCUCACGUCACAGUCGGCCACCUAUGCCAACAUGCAGGCUUUGGAAUAUGAGCAGAAGAAGCUGUUGGCAACCAAAGCCAUGCUGAAGAAGCCAGUGGUUACAGAGGUGCGCACUCCAACCAACACAUGGAGUGGCCUGGGCUUUUCCAAGUCCAUGCCGGCGGAGACCAUCAAAGAGCUCCGCAGAGCCAACCCCAUGUCUUACAAACCCACCAUGAGCACCACUUACGAGGGCGACCCCCUUUCCUUGUCUCGUUCCGGGAGUCGGGAAUGCAUCGGAAACGGCAGCGAAUCAGACAACUGGAGGGAGCGGAACGGAAACCCUCCCGGCAACGGCACUGCAGGCAGAAUUCCAGGACACGCCGAAUUCCCAGCAACUGUCGGCAGUCCGAAGCGAAAGCAGAACAAGUCUGCAGCAGAGCACUUCCUGAGCAGCAGUAACUACAUGGACUGCAUCUCCUCCUCCAUGAAUGGCAGUAAUGGCUGCACCCUGAGCGCCUCCAUCAAGGGCUCCGAGCUGCCCGAGCUCUUCAGCAAGCUGGGCCUCGGCAAAUACACAGACGUCUUCCAGCAGCAGGAGAUUGACCUGCAGACGUUCCUGACGCUGACUGACCAGGACCUGAAGGAGCUGGGAAUCACCACCUUCGGAGCACGCAGGAAAAUGCUGCUCGCCAUCUCAGAACUGAACAAGAACCGACGGAAACUCUUUGAUCCUCCCAACAUUCGCUCGUCAUUCCUGGAGGGAGGUGCCAGCGGACGACUGCCUCGCCAGUUCCACGCUGACAUGGCCAGCGUCAGCGGCCGUUGGUGAUACGCCUAUCCAUCCACAAGCGGGGUUUCUUUUCUUCUUCUUUUUAGGGUCAAUCCCGAGGUACAACCCGAGUUCACCGGGCUCUGGUGAUUUGCGAACCAUUCGCUAGCAGUUUUUUUUUUGGCAAAUCCCGUGGUACUGCAACAACAACAGCAAAAAACUUCCCAUCAUCCUCCUCUGCUUUCAUCAUCCGCAUCAGCAGCUGCAGG